AUGAUCGCUGCAGCAGCUCAGCGACUUCGAUCGAGUUCCAUGCACACCCUGAAGACCUACGACAAGAGCGAGCACCGCCUCCUCGUCGUCGGUGGCAGCGGCUUUGUGGGUAGCAACGUCCUGCAACGCGCCGUGCAAAAGGGGAUCGAGGUGCGCAGUCUCAACCGCUCAGGCAAACCGCAGUGGCAGGACGUGCCGUGGAUUGACCAAGUGGAUUGGCGCUCGGGGAGCGUCUUCAAUGAGGAGGAUCUGGCAGAGGCUGUCGACGGUGUCACUGGUGUUAUCUCGACGGUAGGUGCCUUUGGGAGCCAGGAGUUUAUGGAGAAAAUGUGCGGAGACGCGACGAUUCAAGUGGCUCGGGCGGCGCAGAAGUCAGGUGUGGAACGAUUCGUGUUCGUGUCCAACUCUCGCGUUGGCUCGUGCUACCCGUCGUGGCUACCGCUGUAUGGCUAUUACCAUGGAAAAGAGCGAGCAGAAGCUGUUGUGCAAGCCAGCUUCCCAAGUACAGGGGUGGUACUGCGUCCAGGCUUUAUCUAUGGCUGGCGUCGGACGGCGAAAGGACAAGGCAUCCCACUUCAACUUGUUGGUGCGCCUGUAUCGAUGCUUGCACGCAACCUUGGUGCCGUGUCAACUGCAUUGGGCUAUGUGCCAUUCAUUGGGGAGGAGAUGCAGGCUGCUAUUCCUGUUGAUGCAGUUGCGAAGGCGGCAGUGCUCAGUGCUAUCGGUCCUGUCCAAGGACAAACGCUGGACACAACCAAGAUGCUUGAGGUGGCUGCUUCUUUCCACGUCCAUGAGUGA